CCUGCAGGGCAGUCAGGACGCGAUGGUUACCCGGGGCCUCUUGGUUUGGAUGGCAAACCAGGACCUCCAGGACCAAAAGGGGAGAAGGGUGAAGCAGGGGACAUCGGCCCGAGGGGUGAUCAAGGUCGAGAUGGAGCCACUGGUCCCCCUGGUCCACCAGGACCCCCAGGUGCCCGGGGGCCUCCUGGUGACACGGGAAAAGAUGGCCCAAGAGGACCUUCAGGCCCCCCUGGUUUCAAAGGCGAGCCGGGAGAGGACGGCCUCAUGGGUGCCAGGGGACCUCCAGGACCAAAGGGUGAGCCUGGCAUCCAAGGGAAAAAGGGUGAUGAUGGGAUCCCUGGGGAACCAGGACUUAUGGGCCCCAAGGGAGAAAAAGGCAGCGUGGGUCCCAAGGGUGAGAACGGCACCGAUGGCUUGCCAGGACCCCAGGGUGAACCUGGUGAGAAGGGAGGAAUCGGCUCCAUCGGACCCCGGGGUCCCCCCGGCCUGAAAGGGGAGCAGGGUGACACCGUGGUGAUCGACUACGAUGGCCGAAUCCUGGAUGCGCUCAAGGGUUCACCGGGUCCCCCAGGGCCACCGGGCCCCCAAGGUGCUCCAGGUCCCAAGGGAGAGCUGGGCUUGCCAGGUCCGCCCGGGCUGGAUGGCGAAAAGGGUCCCAAAGGAGCGAAGGGUGACCAGGGCAGCGCGGGGAUCACGGGACAGAAAGGAGAGACCGGAGAAAUGGGCUUGGCGGGGCCACCGGGAGCAGAAGGGCCAAAAGGAGACAAAGGAGACACCGGGUCACCGUGUUUGCAGAAUAAUCAUAUCAUACCCGAGCCCGGACCCCCCGGAUUACCCGGCCCUAUGGGUCCUCCAGGAAUCCAGGGGCCUAAAGGCUUGGAUGGUGCAAAGGGAGAAAAAGGUGACAGUGGCGAGAAGGGGGACCACGGCGACGCUGGACCUGCUGGUCUCCCCGGUGCCCCAGGGCUCAUCGGUUUACCCGGUACCAAAGGAGAGAAGGGAAAGCCAGGGGAGCCAGGACUGGAUGGUUUCCCAGGUCUCAGAGGGGAGAAAGGAGAGAGAAGUGAAAGAGGCGAGAAGGGAGAGCGAGGAAUACCGGGGAGAAAAGGAGCCAAAGGGCAGAAGGGGGAACCGGGUCCCCCCGGACUGGAUCAGCCUUGUCCCGUGGGACCAGACGGACUGCCAGUAGCAGGAUGUUGGCAUAAGUGAUCUCUAAGCAUGAAGCACAAUAUGUAAAUAAUGUGAUAUAUUUGGAUCUUUUUAAUUUUUGUAUAAAAAAAGGAAAAAAAAAAACUUUCAACAGUAAUAUAUUGACCUUUUUUUAUACUGGAUUCUGUCAUUUAUGGCCUUUGAAAAUAUUGUAAAGCUCCCAAAACCAUAGGAUACACAUGAUAACAUCAGGAUUUGAUAAAGGUACCGAUGACAUGGCUGGGAAUGAACAGUAUUCGCUGCUGAUGCUGCUGUGUGAACUAACAGUACUGAGACAGCCUGUUGCCUUUAGUGCCUUAUCGCAUGAAGGAGGGAGAAACCCCCGUCCUCCGUGGGCUCUGACUCUGGAUUUGCAUUGCACGUGCAUGUUAAAAGGGUGAAAAAACCUGGCUGAGAA